AUUUUGUCUGUCUCUUGCGUGAUCUGUUGAGCGGCAUAAGGAUGGGUGACAAUAAUCAAGACGAUUCUCAGUUAUCAGAAAAAGAGAAGCUAGAAUGGAUUGAAACGUUUGAGAAAAUCAAUGCAAUCCAGAGAAAUGGACAAGGUCUUAGAGAAAAAAUGGCAGCAAAAAUAAAACAAAAUCCAUUUGUACCUGUUGGUCUUGUUGCUACAACAUUGGCCCUUAGUUUUGGAGUGUAUGCUAUGAGAACAGGAAACAAAAGGAGAUCUCAGAUGAUGAUGAGGACUAGGAUUGUUGCCCAAGGGUUAACUGUAGGUGCAAUAUUACUUGGAGUUGUAUUGGCAGCAAAACCAACUUAAAAUUUACUUUUUUGCUUAUCAUUUUGAAAUGUACUAUUGUUCAAAAGAAACAGAAAAUUUAUCUUUGCUGUACAAACAACAGAAUCUUUUACUGUAAAUAUCUUUGAAUGUAUUGCUGAAAUAAACUUCAAAUGGAUUUUC